AUGUCUCUCUGUCCUCGAGCUGUCGCAGACGCGCUCCAAUCACCAUUCAAGCUUCCUCAGCAAGAGUACCAAGAUAAUGUUGCGUACUUUGAUGUUGCCGAACACUCACAGCACGAGACAUGGUUGUUCGUCUUGCUCGUCGCCAAUUUGGUCAUCACCGCGGUUUCCUUCAUCGCAGCAUGCAUUCAUUUCAACACUUUCACCACCCUCUUCCUUGACCUAGCACUGCUGGUCGUUGCUUGGCCCAUCCUCUCGCUCUCGCUCUACAUUGCCAGUCCGCGCUCGGAUAAGCACCUACUUCAGCUGCCCGAGUUUUCUCCUUCCACGACACCACUUUCCGAGCAGUCCCUCUCCUCCUUCUCCGACUUCGCCAAUCGGCCCUCCGCUUCUGUUCCGAGCAUCGCAGCUGGUGACACUACUACCACCACACAUCGCAGAUCCUACCGAAGCGUUCCUCACUGCGUCGGUGCAGUCUUGUGGUACUUUGCUCUUGUAGAGUCGAUUGCUUUCCAACCCACCUUCCCCUCGGGUACCAAGAUCCAUGGGGAUCAAAUUGGGUCAUUCGUCAAUGUCCCACCCUCAGCUAACUCUACUUCGGCGCGUCCAAUGAAAGUUUUCAUCGUCUCCAACCUGUACAACAACGAAUAUAUCCUGCCUACCUACACAUCUUCGCUCAACAACUUCAUCCACACGCUUGGUACAGAGAAUGUCUUUGUCUCAAUUUACGAGUCUCACUCCACCGAUUGCACAAAAAGCAUGCUUGCACAACUUGACCGAGAUCUCCAUCAAAUCAACGUCAGCCGUCGCAUUCUCUUGGAUGAUCGAGCCACCCGCAAGGGCAAGCUGUCGGCCGUGUCGGACAGAGUCGACUUUCUCGCCAAUGUACGCAACACGGCCAUGCAGCCGCUCGUCAAGGCCUCUGUCCAAUUCACCCAUGUGCUUUGGAUCAACGGCAUUGUCUUUACUACGCAGGAUGCGCUCAACCUUUUGCGCACUAAUAACGGUCACUACGAUCAGGCCUGUGCCAUGGACUUUAUCGGCAACGGAUUCUACGAUACCUGGCUGACACGAGACACACAUGGUGACACUUUGAAGAGACAAUGGCCCUACUUGAAGAGUGGCAAGGAUGUCGAUGCCAUGCGUCACGGCAAGCCCUUCGAGGUCAAUUCGUGCUGGAACGGCAUCAGCGCUUUCGAUGCCAAAUGGUUCUACCCCUCCAACAAUGGCUCUGCGCCUCGCUCUUCCGCCUUGGAGAGUGUGGAUGAAGACGGCCUGCUUCAACUGGCGCUCAAAUUCCGAGCUUCCGAAGCAAGCAUGCCUGUCUCCGGAAUGUCAGUUGACAUCGUACGACAUCCAUCGGGCGACCUAUCCUUCACGCCCUACGAUCUUGAUCAACCCGGCGGUCAAAGUGGCCUACAACCACAGGCAAUACUGGCUUGUCAAUUGGCUCAUCCCUUCGCCUAUUUUGAGGGCUUGGAGGAUAAUUUGGCGUGA